AGCUAAUAUAUCAUAUUCUAGAAUUAAAUUAAAUUACGUAUCAUUCUAUUGCGUUUUACAAUAUCUUCAUCAUGAGGCAACAGGUUGUUUUUCUGUUGAUUACUUUUCAAAAUAUCUUAUCUACUGAUGGUGGAGCUCCUAAAUGUACAUGUAAGGAAGAUAUUGACAAGUUAAAAGAAACCAUGAGAACAUUUACGUCUGAUAUAAACAAUGAAAUAGCAACCAUGAAAUCAGAGAUCGCUAAAUUGGUUUUGGAGAUGGCUAAAUUGGUUACAAAUAUGAAUAUGGGCCUAAUUAUUGGAAAGUUGAACACAUUAACAAAUGAAAUAAAUGAAAAUGGUGAAAGGUUGGACACAUUAACAAAUGAAAUAAAUGAAAAUGGUGAAAGGUUGGACACAUUAACAAAUGAAAAUAAUGAAAAAAUGGCCACACUAAAGACAGAAUUAACUUCAACAAUAAAUCAGAAUAAAGUAAAAUUGGAUGCUCUGAAGACACAAAUGACAGAAACAAACAGUUGUGCAUGUGAGAGCAGAAAACAGAGAAGAAGGAUUUACUAUGCUGGAGGGUAUAUCUAUACUUUUGCGCAAGCCAAGGCAUAUUGUGAGGGUCAAGGUCAUACCAUAGCUACACCUGGUCAGAUGGAUGCAGCAUUUGAACUGGGAAUGGCGAUCUGUGGAUAUGGGUGGUUAUCGGAUGGCAGUAUAAGAUAUCCCACACAAAUGCCUUCACAUACUGGGGGUUGUGGAAAACGAGGAGUCAACACCAUUUUUAAUCGAAAUCCCCAUCAUUUGUUUGGGGUUUAUUGCUCUCGCUAGUUAAGUGCAAGAUGACUCACACAUAUGUAAUCUAGCUGGAGUUUACUGCUAACACAGUCUUUCAAUGAAAUCCUUUGUAAUGAUAAACUCGUAUUUCAAUGUUAAAGUAUCAAAAUAAACUAAUGUAACUGGAUAGUGA